CGGAGAGGUACUAUCCCGUCGCUCUUUUUUUUUUCCAUACGAAGAAUUGUCGAAAUGGUUCGCGAAGUGGAUGCCCAACAAUUAAAAGACCAGGCUAAUCGGUUGCGCAUACUUUGUAUCCAGGCAACCGAGGCUUCAAAGAGCGGACAUCCAACAUCAUGCUCGUCCAUGGCCGAGGUCAUGUCAGUUCUCUUCUUUCACACAAUGCGUUAUAAGGUUUCGACGCCCCGUGAUGCCAGUAGUGACAGAUUCGUUCUCAGCAAGGGUCAUGCAGCGCCAAUUCUUUACGCCGCAUGGGCGGAAGCUGGUUUAUUCCCAACAAACGAGUUACUGAACUUGCGGAAAUUUGGGAACGAUCUGGAAGGACAUCCCACGCCAAGACUGAACUUCGUCGACGUAGGAACGGGAUCGUUGGGUCAGGGCCUCUCUAAUGCUGCCGGCAUGGCAUACGUCGGAAAGUACUACGACAAGGCCAGCUACAGAGUAUACUGUCUGAUUGGUGAUGGCGAAUCGGCCGAGGGCUCAAUUUGGGAAGCACUUCACUUCUCCUCCAUCUACAAGUUGGACAACUUGUGCGUUGUUUUUGAUAUCAAUCGACUGGGUCAAAGCGAACCCACUUCUCUUCAACAUAAUAUGGAUAUUUAUCGUAAACGAGUAGAAGCAUUCGGCUUAAAUUCCAUAGUAGUCGAUGGCCACAGCGUCGAGGAGUUAGUUAAGGCCUUCCACGAAGCACAGCACACUAAAGGAAGACCGACAGCCAUUUUGGCAAAGACCUAUAAAGGAAAGAGUUUCCCAGAUAUUGAGAACCUGGAAAAUUGGCAUGGAAAGGCUUUGGGUAGCAAAGCUGACGAAGUAGUACAACAUUUGACGGCCAUGCUGAAGAACCCUGGCCCUCUUGCUUUGCGUCCUCAGAAGCCUCUAGUCGACGAUGCGCCAAUAGUGGACAUCACUCAUGUUAAAUUGGACACUCCACCGGCCUACAAAAUCGGCGAACAAGUUGCAACGCGUGCAGCCUAUGGAACCGCACUCGUAAAAAUAGCACGGAAUAAUUCGCGCGUGAUUGCGUUGGACGGCGAUACAAAGAAUUCAACCUUCUCGGAGAAGAUGAAGACAGUUGAUCCAAGCAGAUUCAUUGAGUGUUUCAUUGCCGAACAGAAUUUAGUCGGUGUUGCAAUUGGCGCCGCUUGUCGUGACCGCACAAUCCCCUUCGUUUCUGCAUUUGCCACAUUUUUCACACGUGCAUUUGACCAAAUUCGAAUGGGGGCAAUUUCGCAAACAAACAUAAAUUUCGUUGGGUCCCAUUGCGGUGUAUCCAUCGGUGAAGAUGGACCAUCUCAAAUGGGUCUGGAAGAUAUCGCGAUGUUCCGGUGCGUUCCUGGGUCUACAGUGUUCUACCCAAGUGAUGCCGUAUCAACGGAACGGGCUGUAGAACUUGCUGCAAAUACCAAGGGCAUCUGUUUCAUCCGUACCUCGCGUCCUAACAGUCCAGUUAUUUAUAAAAACGAUGAAACGUUUAUCAUAGGCAAGGCCAAGAUAGUUCGAUCCUCACCAAAGGAUCAAGUUCUCGUUAUUGGGGCUUGCGUUACUCUUCACGAAGCGGUGAAGGCUGCCGAUGAACUGGCCAAGACUGGAAUUCACGUGAGGAUUUUAGAUCCCUUUACGAUCAAACCCAUCGAUAGCGCAACGAUCAUUAAAAACGCCAAAGAAGCUGGCGGUAAAAUAGUAACCGUUGAAGAUCAUUAUCCCGAAGGUGGUAUCGGCGAAGCAGUGGCCUCGGCUGUUUCUGGAGAAAGAGAUAUCGUUGUUAAAAAAUUGGCAGUCAAGGAAGUCCCUCGUUCCGGACCUCCUGCGACGUUGCUCGAUGCCUUUGGUAUAAACGCGAAACAUAUCGUUAUGGCUGUGCAAGAAAUCUUAAAAGUUUAGAAAAAAAUCAUUGGCUCAUCCACACACAAAAUCGCAGGCGUGUGUAUGGGCAGAGCACACUCUAUUUCAUCAUGGAUAAAAUAAGUGCUGCCGAUCGUAAAGCCGCUGUAUAAUUUUCUCACGCGAGUUAAUCAGGAAAUAUUUACUGCCUUAUUUUUACUUUUCACAGGUACUUGUUGAAUUCUAUGAAUAUUUUCAUAGUUGGCGUAGACAAUGCACUGUUAUUUCAUUCCUACAAAUGAACUACACGAAUGUUAUACAUUUACUAUCGUUACCUCCGGUACGGAGAUGUUUCCAAUUUUUUGAUAACGCAAUUGAGAACUAUUUUCCGUUUAUCCGUGGUCACUUAGUGAAUUUUUGUUCUUAUCUUUACAAUUACUUUUACACGAGGUGUCGAAUAAUGGGAACUCCAUUCUGUGAUAUAUAAAAUCCGCUUGCCUGCAGUGUUAUCAUACACACCGCGGACAAUACAGAAAGCUAUCAUGGGCUCAAUUUCCAACACUUUUGCACUUAACAAAUAGUGAAUGGAAUGUUUAUAUCAGCAAAUAUAUAGAAUUUGCUACACUU